AUGCUUAGUGAAACAAUAUCAAAAGAAAAUCAGAAAAUUCUCAGCUCGAUAGUGUUUAAACUGUUUAAAUCUAUCUCUGAACCGUUGUUGGAAUUUUUAAAGGAUGCUAUGGAGUCAUUGAUUCUCUUACAUACUAAUGAAUCCCAAUAUCCAAUAUUCACGCUUAGAAGCCAUGUAAUAUUGAAAUUAAUUUCCUUACAUGAGAAGAUCAACAAAAUCACUAAGAACUUUAGCAACUGCGAAAAUUAUGAAAAGUUGAUGAGAUUGAUUUCACAAACCCAUAAAAAUCUAAUCUCGAUUGUCAGCUUACUAUCAGAUCAAUUAAGUCAAUACCACAUCAGAGAAGAGUUCUCUAAUUCCAUCUCUGUGAUAUUCCAACAAAUCUCAUCGAUCUUCAAGUCAUUUAAUAUGUUUGAUGACAUUGUAAACCAACUAUAUUAUCAUGCCACGGCCACCGGCGGUUCUGAUGGUAGUCUGUUUUAUGUCACGGACCCUUUACUAAUGGACAUAACACAGUUCAAUCAAUUCAACGACACUCUUAAAAAUGAGAUAAUAAUGGCAUCAUCAGGUUUUAAAGAAUAUCUCCUUAUUGAACUAAAUGUAUUCCAGCUCUCAAAAGAGAAACUGCUGAACCAUUCUAUGGAUACUGCCAUAACUGGCGAUCCUAAAUUCAAGGAUUUCCUUGCCAAACGGAGGCAAAGGCUGAACAUUCCAAAUUAA